AUGGGCUGGAAUCAGUGGGCUCUCUUCCGCUUUUCCAACAAGACAUAUGACGACACCCUGAAGCUCGUAUUCCCCAACAAGGGUGACCACUGGGGAUGGCCGUUUGCCGACACCCAAGACAGCGGUACCCGCAACAGAAUCACCUACGAUGAGAUCCAAGACAAGGAAAUAGGGCCCCAGACCUCAUACGCGUACGGUCAAACUGGCAAGCAGAAUGAAUGGGCUGGCAUGGAGGGAACAGUCGAUAUCUGGACCAAGGCGGCUGCGGGCAUCUCGGGGCAGAAGAUUGCGCGGGUCUACUAUUCCUGUCCCUGGAGUGGUAAAAACCAGUUCACUAUCACAGAUAUCGCUUCAGGCUGGAAUGUUACGCACUGGGGUGCUGACUACGAUGGGGAUGCCCUCGGGUCCAUCACCAUUGAGGAAGUGGGAAUCAGGUUGUAG